AUGGGACUGAAUGUCGUAAGCUAUGGAGAAAAGUUGCUGAGAAUUCUCCAGCACUACCCUGUAUUUCUUAUUCGUGUCACAGGUACCAAACCAAAGAUGUCCUCAACAAGAACGAUUCUACUCAUCCUGGGAUUCCUCUCUACUUUGGCUGUAAUUGCUUUAAUUGCUGUAGCAGUGACCCAAAACCAGCCACUUCCGGAGAAUAUUAAGUAUGGGAUUGUGCUGGAUGCGGGAUCGUCCCACACCAACCUCUACGUAUACGAGUGGCCAGCAGAGAAGGAGAACGACACUGGGGUGGUGAAGCAGGUGGAGGUGUGUAAAGUUGAAGGCCCUGGGAUCUCAGGUUACUCCCACGCCACAGAGAAGGCAGGUCCCUCUCUGGCACAGUGCCUACAACAAGCAAAAGAGGUGAUUCCCUCAGCACAGCACAAAGAGACACCCGUCUACCUCGGAGCAACUGCUGGCAUGCGGCUCCUCAGGUUGCAGAAUGAAAGUGCAGCUGACAAAGUCUUGUCCUCAGUAGGAAACACACUACGCUCAGCUCCCUUCAACUUCCAAGGUGCCAGAAUCAUCACUGGUCAGGAAGAAGGAGCCUAUGGAUGGAUCACCAUUAACUACCUUCUGGGCAAUUUCAAGCAGUCUGGCUGGAAAAAGCUUCUACACUCCCUGAAAUCCUUAAGUGAGACAUCAGGAGCACUAGACCUUGGAGGAGCCUCCACACAGAUUACCUUUGUAUCAAAGGACCUCUCUUCUGAGUCCCCAGAGAACCAGCUCUACUUCCGUCUCUACGGCAAGGAUUACCAAGUGUACACGCACAGCUUUCUCUGCUAUGGGAAGGACCAGGCUCUGCAAAAGAAACUGGCUAUGGACCUACAGACCAUGGAGAACAGCGAUCUCCCUGACCCAUGCUUUCACAAGGGUUAUGAGAGGACUAUAAAUAUUAGUGACUUCUUCAAAAACCCUUGCACAUCAGACAAGAAAAAGCAAUUACCUUUCGACCAGCUGUACAUAAAGGGAGAGGGAGACUAUCAAAAGUGCCGAGAAAGGAUCCAGAAACUCUUCAACAAAAGCAGUUGUCCUUACUCCAGUUGCUCCUUCAAUGAGAUAUACCUACCUCCAUUACAAGGGGAUUUUGGGGCUUUCUCUGCUUUCUAUUUUGUGAUGAACUUUUUGAACCUGACCAGUGCAGCAAACCCCCUUGCCCUGAACAAAGUGACCAGCACCAUUGAGAGCUUCUGUGCCCAGCCUUGGCAAGAGGUGAAGACAGCAUAUCACCACAUUAAAGAAAAGUACCUGAGUGAAUAUUGUUUCUCUGGAGCCUACAUCCUUUCUCUCCUGGAAAAUGGCUACGGGUUCACUGAAAAUAACUGGCAAAUGAUCCACUUCCUUGGAAAGAUUGGCAGCAGUGAUGCAGGUUGGACCCUGGGCUACAUGCUGAACCUGACCAACAUGAUCCCUGCAGAGGAGCCAGCUGGGCCCCCUCUCUCCCAUGGCAGCUACGUGGGGCUGAUGGUGCUGUGCUCCCUUGUGCUGGUGUCUGUGCUCCUGUUUGCCUGGCUUCUCUUCCACAAGCCCAAGUGCCUGCAGAAAGGGAUUGUUUAGGAAGAACCUGAAGGGGAGAGGAGCCACGUCAUCCUGGCUGCUCAGGGCUAGGAGACCCCAGCAGAGCAGGCUGUACUGCAGAGUCCCUCUCACUGAAGCUACUGACUGUACAACAAGGGCAUUUACUUCUUCUGAAUCACACUUGCACUGACAGAUGUUGGGACAUCAGUCUCGCCACCUUCUCUGCCAAGGACAGACAAGCUCAUGUCUCCUCCUUGAAUGGGUCAUACUUUCAUUCAAUGAAACUUUGUUGCUUGUUGGUUUCUGCCUUGUGCACAGCAUUAUAAAGAGACAAGUGGCAGCAAUCUUUGGGAGCCAGUGCUCCUGCAAGGGUUAUCUCAGGGUCACACAUCCCACUGAGCUCUUGGGAGCUAUCACAGACAGGGUGAUCCUGCUCCUUCUUCAUUGAAUGUGUUCCCAAGAGCCCUUUCUGCACCAGCACACCUCUGCACACCUCCCUGUGCCCUGAGCUCUCACAGCCCUACAUCUGGUACAGCUCUUGCACCUGGCUGGCCCCUGAAGGUGGGUCAGGCUCCCAAAUGCCCCUCUGGGAAAAGAAGGGAUGAGGAUGAAGAAACUGAACAUGCUUGUGGUCAUCAGCCCUUAACUGGACUCUGUUGACUGCCAGCUCCUUUUGCAGGUGGCAAAAUGCCUUUUUCCCUUGUCUUCCCGAUGUUGUUGCUGGACCAAAGCUGGCUCACUGUGGCACUGAGCCAUUCCCAUGUCCCUAAGGUACAUCAAGCCACAAGUUCCCAGCCAGGCAUUGCUGCCUUUUGUAGGAAGAGCUUGUACUGGCCCAGGUUCCUUGGCCAGUAGUGAUUAUUUAUGCCUGCAGGGACUCUGGUGUGAUCAGUGUGCCCUCAGGUAUAGACCCACUAAAGCAGUCCAGGGUCUCUGUGCUGAUAACACAGCAGUCUCCAAUCUAGGGAAAGUGUUUAUUAGUUAAUGUUCCUGUAGGCAGCUGGCAGCAGUUAACCAGCAUGAGUACGCACAGAUUGAACCACUCAUUCCACCAGCAAAAUUAGUGAAGAUUUGCCUUUCCUUUCCUCAUAGCACAGGCUUAUCCUAAUGGCCAUAAGACACAGGGCUUGUGAGUGAACAUACUGCAGCCCAUCUUCUAGCACACAACUAGGGCAAUGCCACUGACUGAGUUUAUGAAUCACUUUCUUCCAUUUUUCCAUUCCUUGGUCCAAAAAAAAAAAAAAAAAGAGAAAAAAAGAGAAAGAGAGGUAAGUCAGAAAUCCAUUUUUGUAAAAACACUCAGAAACCACUGGUGCCUGUCUACCUCCCACAAAAUCUCAGAAAUCUCUUCUCCUAAUGACCUGUAAAUGUGGAGGCAAAAAUAAAGCAGAUGUUAUAGAGAGGAAGGCAUAGCAAACACACACCUGGGCAGGGGUGUAGGCAGUGUGGAGGGGGUCAGGAUGUGCAAACCCAAUAAUGCCUUCUCCUUUAGGCAAGCACAAACACAGAGCUCUCCCAGUCUGUCCCUCUGCAGAGUCCAGGCUGGAAAUUGUCACCCAGUUAUUUCUACUUCAUGCCUGGAAAUAGAAGCCCUAAUAUAUUGAAGGACCUAAAGGUAAGGGAAAAAAACUACACUGUCCUAUGAUCUCUGGGCAGAUCAUUGUUCUACCAAAAACCUGUGUCUUAUUUUUGCUCUGACUUGGCUGACUUCAGCUUCUAUUGGAUCUUGUUCUGCCCAUUUCCAAAAGACUGAGUAACUCUGCUAUUAAAAUCCCUUUUUCCUUGUUGGUGCUUGCAAGUUGUCAUUAUAUCAUAUUAAAUAGAUUGGUUUUCAAUCUGUAAAGUGGUCUCUGCUGACCUCACUUGUCUUCUUGAUUCUCAACUUGUUUUCAAAGUUUUACAUCUUUCUGAAACUUAGACACCAAAGUUUUCAGCAGGUAGUAGAGCCACUAAUAGUGUAUAUAUUGCUCUAUGCUCUAUGCUCAUCAUUCAUAUAUCUCUGGUCCAGGUCUGUUCACUUAAUAAAAAGAUUUUAGGCUUUUGAGUCCAGCUGGA